UUUCUCAUCCACUUCUUCUCCGCUUACUUUUCUCAAAGUAUAUGGGCUUCUCCGCCAUUUCAUUCUGCACAAAUGUUGUUACAUUGACCUGAUUCUGCUUCUUUUGGAGAGUUUCAGUAGAUUAUUGAAUUGAUGGGUGGGGUAUUCUCAAAACGGGAGAGUCCAAGACACCUUUCUUACGGGUCUAGAUCAUAUUCUUCGGGUUAUCAAAGUUAUCCGCAAUCGCCAUAUACUCAGCCAAACCAAGAGUAUGGACAUCACCAGUAUCCUGCAUAUCACUCCCAAAGCUAUGGGGAAGCUCGAGCACCCGAACCAAAAAGGAGGCUAGAAAGGAAGUACUCAAAAAUAGGUGAUGAUUACAAGAGCCUUGACCAGGUAACUCAAGCAUUGGCACGGGCUGGGUUGGAGUCUUCCAAUCUUAUUGUUGGUAUUGACUUCACAAAGAGCAAUGAGUGGACAGGUGCGAGGUCAUUCCACCGCAAAAGCUUGCAUCACAUUGGAGAAGAGCAAAAUCCUUAUGAACAAGCAAUAUCAAUUAUUGGGAAAACACUAUCUUCCUUUGACGAAGAUAACAUGAUUCCCUGUUUCGGAUUUGGAGAUGCAUCAACCCAUGAUCAGGAAGUUUUCAGUUUUCAUCCCGAUGAGAGAUUCUGCAAUGGAUUCGAAGAAGUAUUGACACGAUAUAGAGAAUUAGUUCCUCAGCUACGACUUGCAGGGCCAACAUCAUUUGCUCCGAUAAUUGAAAUGGCGAUCACUGUUGUUGAGCAAAGUGGUGGCCAGUACCACGUACUUGUAAUAAUAGCUGAUGGACAGGUGACUAGAAGCGUCGAUACUGAUGGUGGGCAGUUAAGCCCACAGGAAAAGAAAACGGUUGAAGCAAUUGUGAAGGCAAGCGAUUACCCGUUGUCAAUUAUCCUUGUUGGGGUCGGAGAUGGACCAUGGGACAUGAUGAGGGAAUUUGAUGAUAACAUCCCGGCCCGGGCAUUUGAUAACUUCCAGUUUGUGAAUUCCACAGAAAUCAUGUCGAAGAAUAUGGACAGAUCCAGAAAAGAAACAGAAUUUGCUCUUGCAGCCUUGAUGGAAAUACCAUCCCAGUAUCAAGCAACUCUGGAGCUCGGUUUAUUGGGUGUUAGUAGGGGAAAGGCUAUAGACAGAGUUCCUCUUCCGCCUCCUCUCUAUGGGUCGGCUUCAUUCAGCGCCCCAAAGCCUUCACGUUCAAGCGGUUAUCACCCAAGCGCACCUUCUGCCAGAAGACAUGAUGCCGGUGUCAGCGGGGCGACUUCUGCUAGUUCUACUUCUGAUAAUCUUCUUUGUCCUAUUUGCAUUAGCAAUCCAAAGAACAUGGCCUUCGGUUGUGGCCACCAGACAUGUUGCGAGUGCGGAGAAGAUCUUGAUGUGUGCCCAAUAUGCCGAAGCAGUAUUCAAACAAGAAUAAAGCUCUAUUGAAGGUGUUAAAAGUUUUGUGCCUCCAUUUGAAAAUAAGGAAAACAUUUUGGUCCGUAAUUGACUGGAUGGGGUAUUUAUUAGAUCUCCUUAAUUUCAUUGUGAAGUUGGACUACUCAGCAAAUCUCGUGCCUUUUGUACAUAUUCCAGUUUUCUGUCAAUUCUAAUAAAACUUUGUCACUAUUA